CACUGCGCUUGAAUGGACCAUCAUCCUCACGCGCGCCUCCGCUCCAUUUCAGUAGUAACACAUUCACCUCCCCCCUCGGCUCCCCGUCGCUCUCUCCUCUCCUCCGCGCUCACAUCCCUUUCCAACGUCCCAUCUCCAUCCACCCCAAGAUAUCCUUUAACCCCUCCGGGUGCGCGUCCACUGAUCACUCACUCACCGGAUCGCGCGCCGGUCGAGCUAGCUUUGCUCGCUCCCGCGGACGCUGUUCAACAUGGAUUCCUCCGGCCCCGGCACGUCAUCCUCCGCCGUCGUCGGCGGCGGCGCGCCGGACGUUGCGCCGAAGCCGCCUGCGCAGCUGAGCCGGUACGAGUCGCAGAAGCGCCGGGACUGGAACACGUUCCUGCAGUACCUGCGGAACCACAAGCCGCCGCUGACACUGGCGCGGUGCAGCGGCGCACACGUGAUCGAGUUCCUCAGGUACCUGGACCAGUUCGGCAAGACCAAGGUGCACGCCGUCGGCUGCGCCUACUACGGCCAGCCCAGCCCACCGGGGCCAUGCCCGUGCCCGCUGCGCCAGGCGUGGGGGUCCCUUGACGCGCUCAUCGGCCGCCUGCGCGCGGCCUACGAGGAGAGCGGCGGCGCGCCGGAGUCCAACCCCUUCGCCGCGCGGGCCGUCCGGAUCUACCUGCGCGAGGUGCGCGACUCGCACGCCAAGGCGCGCGGGAUCCCGCACGAGAAGAAGAAACGGAAGCGCGCGCCGCAGGCCGCCGAGGCAUCUGGUUCUUCGGCUGGCACCGCAGCAGUCUUCGGCAGGGACGUCGAGGGUAGCGCCGGCGAUGGUGCUCUCGCUGCGUCCGCCGCGCAGGCUGGAGCUAGAGACGGUGGCAGCACUGCACCGAGCAUCCCUUGAGUAUAGUAGACUUGCAAACCUUGUCUAUUAGUUUGUUUACCGUGCCAGGCAUAGGCAUAGCAAGAUUUGAGAUUUCCCUUUGGUAUGCUUUGUUGCCUAUAUUACCUCUAAAAUUUUCUAUCCCAUUUUCAGAUUAAUUAGGUUAAUAAUAAGUACUCCUAUUACAUGGCGUUGUAGUAGUAGUAGUGUUCUAGGGGAAGUGAAUUGAUUGGCACAUCUAAUUGUUCAUUGUCCCAUAUAUAUCCUGGUAAUUUAAGAAAUUGAGAUUUGUGGUCAUAUAUAUUACUUA